AUGGCACCCUCCCGAAUCUCUCCAGAGCCAGCACCGUCACAAGAGUACCUUGGGCUCACAUCUAAACAGAUUGCUACCUUCCAUCGCGAUGGCUAUCUAAUCAUUCCUUCAUAUCUUUCGCCGGAAACAUGCCAGAUUCUCUUGUCCAAAACCUACGAACUUCUCUCCGACUUCCCGCUCGCUGAUCAUCCCAUGACACGUUUCACCACUGGCACAGAUGCAGACGGCAACUCCACAUCCACUAAGCACGUCGGAGAUGAGUACUUUCUGAAAUCGGGGGACAAAGUCCGGUUCUUUUUUGAAGAGGAUGCGUUCGACCCGCAGACUGGGGAAUUGAAUAUCCCCAAAGAACGAGCGAUAAACAAGAUUGGACACAAUUUGCAUGGACUCAUCCCGGAAUUCGGCAACAUCUCACAUAAGGGGGAGAUCGGAAGGCGUAACGCCGCCAUCGCGAGAGACUUGGGCUACAAAGAUCCCAGGUUACUCCAGAGCAUGGUGAUAUGCAAACAGCCAGAAAUUGGAGGAGCCGUGCCGCCUCAUCAAGACAGCACAUUCUUGUAUACACGGCAGCCCUCGGCGGUAGGAUUUUGGAUUGCGCUCGAGGAUGCCACGGUUGAGAAUGGUUGUCUGAGCUUCGCGCCCGGAAGCCACCGCAGAGCACCUAUCAAGGGGCGAUUCGUGAGAGCGGCGGAUGGCAGCGGAACGACAUUCGAAAAUGUGCCCGAAGACGGUCGUUGGCCGAAGAACUUUGAACAUGAGAACGGCUCUAAUGCGAAGGAGGAGUAUGUGCAUGGUGAAGUCACAGCAGGGAGCUUAGUGCUCAUUCAUGGAAACAUUCUGCACAAGAGUGAGAAGAAUACAAGCCAGAAGGGACGGAUCAUCUACACAUUCCAUCUGAUAGAAGGGGAGGAGAACUAUGAUGAGAAGAAUUGGUUGCAAAUACCUGGCGGACCGAAAGAAUUCACCAGGUUAAACGGACAAUCAUAG